AGAUCACCAAGCACCACAUCACCAAGCACCACAUCACCGAGCAACACAUCACCAAGCACCACAUCACCAUCACCAAUCUCUUCCGGAGGACUUGAGACAGAGACAGAGACAGAGACAGAGACAGAGACAGAGACAGAGACA